UUACCGAGAGUAAUAAAGAACUCCGUGGUUGCUAGGAUAUUAACGAUUGUUACGAUUCUGAUAAUAAACAAAACCAAGUGCUUUUUCCUACUAUCGUUCAACAUAUUGUUGAGAAAGUACUUUAUUCAUAGAUCGAAAACAAAGUAUUUUCGUAAUGUCGAGUGCAACAUACGAUGAGCUUUGGAAAAACGCACAAACCAUUUUAGAGGAACUUGUUCAAACAGACACGAGUCUGCAAAACGCCAGGCCGCAAAAGGAUCGUAUACAGGCUCGUAAUAUAAUCUCAGAAUUAUACGUGAAGUAUAUCAUUGUCUCUAAUAAGUUAGAACUGUGUUACGACCAAGUAAUACAGCCGCAAAAGCGAGUAUUAUUAAGAAAAUUAUUAGAUUCAUGCGUUGGCAGAAUCUUGGAGUUGAAACACGAGUUGGUCGAGAUAGAUCUUUCGGAGUAUAGUUAUUUCGAUGAUAUUUUGAUAAAGUUAAAUAUCACUCCACAAGAAAUUGAGAUUCAACUACCGAGAUAUUUUAGACGCGAGCAUUCAAAAGAAAUUGAAGAAAGACGACAAUUUAUAGAAAAUAUUUUAAGAAAUACAGGGGUUUUAGACGAGGUGAUAUUAUCGAAAAGUAUCACCGAAUCUGAAGCGAUAAGGCUUAUACAGGCUCACGAGCGUGCAAGACAAGGUCGUCUAAGAUUUCAGUUUAUAAAAGAAAUUCGUAAAAUGAAAGAAAAAUCGGGAAUUAAAGUGGAGAUGGAGGUAAAAGAUAAAUCGACCGAAGGAGCAGCUGCAAUAAAAAUUCAAAAAAUUUGGAGAGGGUAUAGUACUAGACGAAAAAUACGAAAAAGACGCCUCGAUGAAAUGUUGUUGAUCGGUAUGCUUCAACCAAGUCAAGAAGUUACUGAAAAUGCUAGACAGGCUGAAAAAGUUCGACAAGAGAGAUACGAGAAACAAAUGAAAUACCAAGAACAAUACGAAACUAUGAUGAUUGAGACUAAGGAGAGAAUACGUAACGAAAAAAGUGCUAUAAUGGAGGAAAAUAUAAGAAGUGAAAUUCGAAAUUGGGUAAAAAAUUGUUUUCAAGAAACGGGAAAAAUUCCUGAUUUGCCAUCUGCUGAGAGUGGUGGAUCCAGGAUCAUAUUUAGUAGACAGGGUACCGAGAGUACCAUAAGCAAAUCUACAGCAGUAUCGUCAAAGGAGUCCAAGAAAUCGAAAAAAGCAAAAUCAAAGAAAAACAGUGAAACUGAGCAAUCAGAAGAAGAAGCAGAGCAAGGUUUUAAAUUAAUUUCAUCAAACUUUUUAUCAGAACUGAUACAUGCUAAUCAAAAGUACCAGGAAGUAUGGAAAAAUAAAGACGAAUCCAUGAAUGCUGAACAAUUACCAUACAUAAGUAUGAUAAAAAGUGAAAAAACUAAGGAAGUUGAACAUGAUGUAAGAAUUGCAGUAGACCAAGCACUCAGAGCCGAUAUAGAAGCCCUUCAAAGUGCAUUAGAUAGGGAUAGAGGGUUUAAAGGAAAACGUGCAAAAAAAACACAGAAACGAAUUCGUCGUAGUGGGAAAAAGAACAAGAAAAGGAAAGAUAAAGAUUUAACUCCUGAUAGAACAAUGGAAUCUUUAUUGGAAGAAUUAGUGACAGAAGGCAUUGUUAAACUUCAUAGAGAAAUUCCACUCCAUGACUUUAAAGGCGAAAAAUCUUUUGCUAAUUACAGUUUAAGAGAAAAGGGAAAAGAUCCUUUACCAGCACUUGGAGACAUAAGGCAAUUAAUAGCCGAAUAUUGUAUUCUCCCUUUGGGAAACAGUACUCUUAGAGAACUUACACCGCUAGUAAGAUCGGUAUUGAUAGCUGGACCACAUGGUAGUGGUAAAAAAAUGUUAGUAAAUGCAAUUUGUACAGAACUUGGUGCUACUUUAUUUGAUAUUACGCCUGCUAAUAUCGUUGGAAAAUAUCCUGGAAAGUCAGGGUUAAUCAUGCUUAUUCACUUAGUAUCAAAGAUGUCGCGUUUAUUGCAACCAUCAGUCAUAUUUAUGGAUUGUGCUGAAAAACCAUUUGUCAAGAAAGUUCCAAAAGCAGAUAAAACCGAUCCAAAACGUUUGAAGAAAGAUCUCCCUAAAUUAGUCAAGAAUAUAACAAAUGAAGACAGGGUGAUUCUUAUUGGAACUUCAAACUCUCCUUGGGAUGGAGAUCAAAAGCUUUUAUAUCAGACUUAUGAUAAGGUCAUAUACGUUCCCCGGCCAGAUUAUGGAACUAUGUCUAUUGUGUGGAAAGAUUUAUUAUAUAAAUAUUCUGGAAUUAGUAGACAAUUCGAUACAUCCGCUAUGGCUAAAAUUUGCGAUGGCUUUACUAUCGGAACUGUAUUGACAUCAAUUAAUGAGGUAAUGACCACAAAACGAAUGGUACAGUUAAGAACUCAUCCUUUAACACACGGUGAAUUAAUAAAUGCGCUGAGCACUAAAGACCCGGUUUAUCGCGAAGAAGAGGAUGCAUUUCUAACCUGGCUGGGAAAAACACCAAUACAUCGUAAAAAACAACGUAUGCUCGAACUGGAACGUCAGAAACAAGAGGAAGAAGAUGAAAAACAAAACAGAAAAAGCAAGAAGAAAUCUUCGUAAGGAAGUCACCUUGCACGAUUGAUCGAGCUAAUUGUAUAAUUUUUUUUAUUAUGCAUAAAU